CGUUAAAAGAACAACUGGAACAAAAAGAAGCUAUCAUAGACAAGUACCAGAAAAUCAUCCAGUCUCAAAACGAGCUUCUCCACGAUUUAACGCAGAAAAAUCAAUCGAUAUCAGGGUCAUCAAAUAGGCGAGACGUCAGAGACGUCGAUCCGGGCAUAACGUCCAGACGUCAUGGAAAGCAAGCGCAAGUUAACAACUGUCGCGCUUUCGUCGGAGCCGUUACGGACGAUAUCGAUAGAGAGUCGUUAAGACAGAGCCUCGAAGAAGCCUUCGGAAAGGUUGAGAGUAUCGAUAUUAUACCCUCCAAGAACUGUGCAUUUGUCGAUUUUACACCAAUUUCGUACCACCAAGCUGUCAGUAUUGGGGCCGUAAUGGUAAACGGUAUCACUCUGAGUGUCGAAAGAGUUCGAAAACCCAAGCCACGAAGAUAG